ACCUACCUUAGGUACCUAUCUUAACUGGCAUCUUAAUGUCAUGGGUGGUCGAGUCUGCGUUAUUGAACAACUUUGCUGAGCCUCAUAUCCUUUGACUGGCCCAUCUUGGUCUGCCAAUAUCCCGGAAACCGAACCACCACUUGUGCUAAACGAAGAUGACGGCAACGCAGCACCCCCAACCAAGGCCAUUGUCGGCUCGGAAACUCGACAUUCUAUACCUCGUCUUCUUCGUCAUACAUAUUCCUAUCAUGCUUUUAAUCGACCUGGGCCCCUUCAUCCCCUCCGCCAUUCGACCCCAACUCUCCCACACCCUACGCGAGUACCACAUCCAAACGUCCAAAGACCGCUUCUUCACCGACCCGCCCGCCUGGUUCACCAUGUACAUGUACCUCGAGGCCAUCUACCACGUCCCGCUGAGCGCGUGGAUGACCUGGGCCAUUCCCAACGAUCACAUCAUGGUCCCGUUGAACUUGUUGAUCUUCGCCCUCGAAACCGCCGUUACAACACUCACUUGCGUCGUCGAAAUGGGCUCUUGGGACGGAUACACCGCGGAACAGAUGAAUGGGUUGUAUGCGCUGUAUCUACCAUAUUUGGCUCUUGCGGCGCUGAUCGGAGUCGAUGCGUAUACUAGAGUCAGAAAGCAGAUCUUGGGCGGCGGGCAGACGAUAAAGGGGAAGACAACGUAGUCCCUCCCACCAAGAUAGCAAGAUGACUAGAUUGCAAAAACGGGCUGUCGUCUAGCUAUGAUUCUCAGCUGUACAACUCCUUACGCCAUGCAUAAGUUUGUUUGCUGUGCACUGACUGACAUACUCGAUCCAAGCGCUGGCACAAGCCUUUCCU